AAAAAAGACCCCACAGCACACAGCUUAGCAAGUAAAUCAAUAAAUCAAUAAAUAUACAAAGUAAUAGAAAAGAGAAUGAUAUAGACUGGAGUACACGGUGCAGAAGUUUUCCUUUCUCUCCAGGAGGUGGUGCCACAAAUUAAUAUCAGAAGAAGAAGAAGCUAACUUUGUCAGCACUUGACACAACAUCACCUUCUGUGUCUGAACGUGGUUGUUACUAACAUGGCCGACAAGCGACAUCAAGAGGAGCCUCAGUUCUGCUGCUCGGUGUGUGUGGACACGCCGAAGGACCCCGUGUCUUUAAACUGUGGACACAACUACUGCAGAAGCUGUCUGGAGGUUUUCUGGGACAAGCAGGAGGAGCAGAGGAGGAAGUACAGCUGUCCUUACUGCAGGGAGGUGUUCAGUCCGAGGCCUGUCCUGAGGAGGAACAACAUGCUGGCUGAGCUUGUGGAGAACCUGAGCGCCCAGCAGGCUUCUCCUCCUGCUGCUGCUCCCCGUGCCAUCCCGUCGGACGUCGCCUGUGAUUUCUGCUCCGAGGCCGAACGCAACGCAGCCACCGUGUCCUGCCUGACUUGUCUGGCGUCUUACUGUCCGGCUCACCUCCAGUCUCGACACAGUGUUCCUGUGUUUAAGAAGCACCAGCUGGUCUCGGCCACAGUCCCACUGCAGGAGAAGAUGUGUGCGAAGCACAACAAGCUGAUCGACGUCUACUGCCGGACAGACGAGCAGCUGGUUUGCUCUGUGUGCGCUGUGGAUGAGCACAAGAGCCACACCACCGCUCCUGUUUCAGAACAGAGGGCUGACGUAGAGAAACAUCUGAUUUCCAGGCAGAAGGAAAUCCAGAAGAGAGUCGUGCAGAGAGAGGAGGAGCUGGAGGGGCUGAAAGAAGCCGAGGAGAAUCUCGAGAGUUGUGCAGACACGGCGCUGGAGGACUGCAACAAGAUCUUCGGCGACCUGAUCGCCUCCAUGCUGAGGAGACACAAGGAGGUGAAGCGGCUGAUCUCAGAACAGGAGAAAACCGCCGCCGCUCACGCUCAGGAGCUCCGGCUGCGGCUGAGGGAGGAGGUCACCCAGCUGAGGAGGAGAGACGCCGAACUGGAACGUCUGUUAGGCGCCGACGACCACAUCCAUUUGAUUCAGGUUUUCCGGUCUCUCUCCACUUCCUCCGACUCUCCGGACUUCUCGCCCGGCGCUGCUCCUCUGCGCAGCUUCGAGGACGUGACCGAGAGUGUUUCUGAGCUGAGGGACAAAUUGGAGACGGUGCUGAACGACACGUGGCCCAGGAUCUCCACCACAAUCUCUUAUGUUGACUUCUCACUACUGCCGGAACCUCAAAGCAGAGAAGACUUUUUACGCUAUUGCCGUCCCCUCACUCUGGAUGUGACCACAAACUACCCGUACCUCAACCUGGUAAGCAAGAAGCUCAUGAUGAAGCCUUCGCCCAGCCCGUACGCCGCUCACCCGGACAGGUUCACCAAGUUCGCGCAGGUGCUGUGCGAGGAGGGUGUAUCAGAGCGAUGUUACUGGGAGGUGGAGUGGUACGCCCGCACCCUGUCCGCUGCAGUGGCCUACAGGGACAUCAACCGAGCGUCGGACGAGUCUCGGUUCGGAAACAACGACAAGUCCUGGAGUCUAGAGUGCACCGCGAAUGGUUACUUGUUCCGUCACAACAACGUGGAAACGGCGGUGUCGGACGUCACCUCCUACAAAAUUGGGGUGUAUCUGGAUUACAAAGCGGGCACUCUGUGUUUUUAUCAGGUCUCUGAGCCGAUGGUUCUGCUCCACAAAGUCAAGACGACGUUCACACAGCCUCUUUAUCCCGGGCUUGGGUUGAACUACGAAUGGUACGAUGCUGGAGUGUUUGCACAGCUGGUCAAAUUAUGGUAGAAAUAUGCAUAAUUUGAAGUUUUUUUGCACUGUACCAAGGCAUCCUCAGAGGCCCAAAACUGGAUUAUUUAUUUUCUUACGUUUUCCUUCCAAAUGAUCGAUAGCUUUGGCAUUAGAAAAUUGGCAUCAUCUGUUUUUUAUAGAUCAGAUGUAAAAAUGUAACAGUUUUCAAGCUGUGACCAAGCGUGCUUCACCUCGAGUGAAGUGAUGUACGCAACUUCAAACCGCUGCUCUUUUCUUGAGAAAAAGCUUUGGUUGCACUUUGUUUGAUGUCGAGCGUGACAUCAAUUGAAAUGCUUACACAAGAGUUUUGUAUUUCUUCAUCAAGUAAGAAUGCAAACCUGCAAGUUCAAGCGUCUCCUGAAUCCCCGACUCUGUUUGGAAUAUGUGGAAAUUUUACUUGGAAGGAACUGAACAGCCCACUCUUUUUUUCACCUGUGAAUGCCUUGACUGAUUGUGAAAUGUACCAUGUAUUGUGCUUUAAAGAAUAAACUUGAUCGCGUUGUUUGUAUUCAUCUGGUUUAUUCCUGUCGUUUAGCAAGGGGAUCCCGAGCUUGGAAGUUCCUGUGGGAGUUUUUAAGUCCUCACAAAAUCUGCAUUGUUUUCUGUCGGUGUUCUGGUUUCCUCACCAUAGAUCGUCACGCCUGAACAACAAAAUGUGUAGUUUGCAGACUCCCUAAGUGACUAAAUUGGCAGUCACAGUUAUGAUAGAUCUAUGCUUCAAACCUAAACAUAAGUAGGGUUGGAACAGGUACAGCACUCAGUCCUCCCCAGCUCACCCCUCUUGUCCAAAUAUGGUCACUUCCGGUUACAGAUAUGUCCAAAUAUGGUCACAUUCCAAAAAUCAAGGCUUCAGAACUGUCGUCCACAAACCAGCUGGUGACAUCCUGACUUCCUCCUUUGCUCCUGUCAAAUGAUUUUGGCCACUAGAGGUCACUUCCCAACAUUAACCGUAAAUCCGAGUAGAAAUAAGCUGCUUGCACAGACAACCUAGAUGUCUGUUUACUUGUGGAGGAUGGUCCAUUUUUUUCCUGCCGUUUAGAUUAACCACCUUGUGGUGGUGCUGGGCAGUAAAAUGCUUACAGGCCAGCCCAGCCUACAUAAAGAUAUUAACAAGAAACAUGUAAAUCUAGGGGCGAAUGCCCAGUGUCUGCUACUUGCACAAUAAACCAAUUUACAAAUGCC